GAGCCGCCUUCUACGACGGCAAAGACGCCGCCGCCCGCAACACCAGCGGCUGGGAGCAAUGCUACUCCUCCCGCAGCUCCCUCCCCACCAAAGCCACUACGCCCCAUCCCCCCGGCCCUUCGUCCCCUCCGCUACAUGGGAAUUCCAGAAUCGGUCCUCAGAUGGAAACCCCGCCCUCCCUCACGCAACACCUCCAUCUUCUUUGCCGUUACGGGCACCCUCUUCUCCCUCUACUACUACGAUCGAAGAGAAUGCAAGCGCAUCCGCCAAUCCUACAUCGAUCAGGUUCGCCCAUACGCAGAGGAACCUCUCGCCCCCUAUGAGUAUCCGCGAAUCGUACAGGUGUACACGGCCAAAUGCCCUGGAGACGACGAUCCCGUCAAGGCGCGAAAGUGGUUCAACAAGUACGUCAAGCCUAUCCUCGUCGCCGCCGCAGUGGAUGUCGAGACGCUCAGUGGCUUGACGUACGGCGGCCUGGCGAGGGAUCUGCGACAACGCAUCUACGCGAGGAGGCGUCAGCUGGCCGGCCUAGAGCCAUGGGGGAUCGCACCCAGCUCGUCGGGAUCUGUACCUCCCUCACCGAAUAGUACAGAGGUAAUGGCAGCUCAGGCUGCUCUCGCUGCUCCUUUUGCCCUGCAACCUCAGCAACAGUUGCAGCGCGAGCUCGAGGGGGCUACGGUCCUCGUGGGCAGGCCGGCCUACAAGGAGUACAUGGUGGCACUGCGCAAUGGUUGGACAACGCCCCUUCCUCCGCAGAGGGAGGAUCUGGAUGAGGCGCUCAGCAAGCAAUUGGCCGGCGAUGACACCUUUGCGGAGCUGCCCGAGGAGAAGGCCGAGGCCGGCGCAGCAGCAGCGACAACGACUGCGUCGACGGACAGCGGUAACGCUGCGGCUGCUCCUGCGUCGGUGGACGACGGUCUGGACGACAUUGAGCGACGCAAUCGCGCCCUGGCAGAAAGUGUAGACGAUGAUGCGGGCGCGCCCCUUCCCAACUCAUCAAUAGGCGGCAAGUCCCCCAACCCCUUUGGCGCACCGUCAGGCUCCGUCGUCUCCCGAUCUCCCUCCUCCUCCUCAUCCCCCGCAGCAGCACCCAAUGUCGACCCACGCAUCCUCGCCCCCCCAGCGCAAAUCCCAGCCCAACCACCGCUAGCAUACAUAGACUACGUAAACCUGACAGGCUGGCGCUUAAUCCCGCGACGAAUGGUCAACUUCUUCAAUAGACGCAAAGACGUCCGCCAAGGCGCAGAAGCGGCUCUUGCGAUCAUCACCAACAACAAGAGCACCGCACGCGAAUUUUCCGCCCCACCAGCUCUUGAGACUUCACGAGCAGCAGUGGACCCACCACAAGACGGUGACCUCGACUGGGGCCUAGAGGGGGAGACCCGUUUCCAACCACCGCACUUUGCCAAAGUUCACUCCUCCCUCAUAAAAGCCCGCGAAGCAUUCUACGCAGAGCUUCCCCGUCGUUUGCGGGAUACGCGCACAUUGGUGAGGGGUCAGCGUGAGCCUACAAAGGUGGAGAAGAACGAUCCGCCAAAGAGCGAGGCGCAACUUAAGGUUGAGCGAUUGGAGCGUGAGAGGGAGUGGAGGAAUACGGAGGAAGGAUGGGAGAUGCUGAGGAAGGAAGCAGGGGUGGUUUGGGCUGAGGCGUUUAGGGGUAGUCUGAGGGUGUUGGAGGGGAGGAGGGAGGCACGCAAGGAGGAGCAAUAGAGGAGAUGACGAGGGGAGAUGGCGUUGCGUUGCGAUGCGUUGCGUUGUGAUCACCACUAUUUGUACAAAUGCAAGAUGAUACGCGGG